CGGCGAUGCACAGAGAAAACCGAAGCGUGGAGGAAAAGGCAAACAGUGACCUGUGAUGUUGCCGCCAAAGGCUGCACAUGAGACUCAGCCGCUCAGCGUAAUCGAAAUAUAAGAAAUGAGAAAGUAUCUUCCCGGUCAGUAUCUAGCCUUCCUCGAAAACAAUACUAUUAUGACCAGCGCUUGAUUUACCAAUUCCCUCGUUCAAAGAGAUCAACAUGAAUAACGCGAAGGCACUUGAAGCUCAAGAGUAUCUCGAUUUCCUGUAUAUCGAAGAAGCGACUUCAGAGGAGGGAGAGAGCCGACGAAUCAAAUUUUCGACAUCACUGACAGUGGAGACACUCAAACGUGUGAUUGCAGCCGAGUUGAAACUCGAGCAUGAGUGGAGCACAUUUGAUUUGGUAUCAUCUGGAAAAGAGCUAACUGAACUUAACAAAAGCCUCGCUUCAUACGGUAUAUUAGAUGGGGAUACCAUUUUCUACGCUCGCGAUACGCCCGCUUCGGUACAGCCACCACCGUACACCCCCUCGGCUUUACCCGGAGGUCCCAAAGUCCUCAAUAAUGUCAUGUUUCAAGACCUAGAUGGGAAAACAUUAAUGUUACAUGGGAUACCUGAGUCAUGGAGCGUUAAGCAAUUGCGAGACAAGCUCGGAGCUGAGAAACACAUCUCCGACCAAGUCGGAAGUUAUCGUUUUAUCUGGAAUGGUAAACAACUUCUGGACGGUUUCCUUGCAGCUAUGACAGAGUACACAAUGAUCGUCGGCCUUGGUGCGUUCAUUUUAGUCUGGGUAUCCAAAGGCUAUGGGGGUAGAUGGAUUGGAGGCGCUGCCCUAGAACGGUACAAACGCAUAACACAUCCUAUGUAUGGCCUCAAGCGCCCUUUGAACUACCUCGUAUUCUUAUGA